AAGGCGGUGCAUUUUGCUUUGGACACAAGGGAAGGGAGAGAUGCCGCCUAGCAGUCCCUUAUACUAGUAAAAGUUUACUCCAUCGAGGGGUUUUGGAGGGUUAGCGCGGAGUGAGCUCAUGCUGUUAUUUGUCUAGGGUUUUCUUUUGUAAUCUUUGUUUUGGCAAGUCGGUUUUCUUCGCAAUCGUAGCAGCGUAUAAUCCAAUUUAUACUCGAUCAGAACCAUCCCCAAUUUAUAUACGACUCUAACAUCCGUAGAAACCCUAGUUGUGAAGGUUUCUAAAACACCAUCGGAGCAAUCUGGGAGUACGUUUACUACUACCCUAGUUGGAAGCUAUAUAAGGGUUUCUCGGUGAGUUUCAGAGAUGGCGCAUCUUGGUGGCGGUGCUGAGGCACACGCUCGGUUCAAGCAGUAUGAAUAUCGAGCCAACUCGAGUCUUGUCCUGACAACGGACUCCCGACCUCGCGACACUCACGAGCCCACUGGUGAGCCCGAGUCCCUCUAUGGGAAGAUAGACCCCAAAUCUUUUGGUGACCGUGUUUCCAAGUCUAAACCCCCAGAGUUAGACGAGAAGCUUAAGAAAUCGAAGAAGAAAAAGGAACGCGAACCACUUGCUACUGAACCCACACCUGCCAGGCAGAGCAAGAGAAGGCGUCUGCAAGAAGAAAGUGUCCUGACUUCUACUGAUGAAGGGGUUUACCAGCCUAAGACCAAGGAAACAAUGGCAGCUUACGAGGCUCUGCUUGGUGUCAUUCAACAGCAAUUUGGUGGCCAGCCUCUCAACAUAGUUAGUGGUGCGGCAGAUGAGAUAUUGGCUGUCCUCAAGAAUGAGACUGUCAAAAACCCAGACAAGAAGAAGGAAAUUGAGAAACUGUUGAACCCUAUACCAAAUCAAUUAUUUGAUGAUCUUGUUUCGAUCGGGAGGCGUAUCACUGAUUACCAUGACGCAGGUGAUGCAGGUGGUGGUUCUGCUGUGGCUAAUGGUGAUGAUGCCCUCGAUGACGAUGUGGGUGUUGCUGUUGAGUUUGAGGAGAAUGAAGAGGAGGAAGAGGAGAGUGAUCUCGAUAUGGUGCACGAGGACGAAGAAGAGGAUGAUGAUGUUAUGGAAGGGAGCGGUGCUGGAGGAAUGCAGAUGGGUGGUGGGAUUGAUGACGAUGACAUGCAAGAAGCUAAUGAGGGUAUGACUCUUAAUGUGCAAGAUAUUGAUGCGUAUUGGCUUCAAAGGAAGAUUUCUCAGGCAUAUGAGCAACAGAUUGACCCGCAACAGAGCCAGAAGCUAGCAGAAGAGGUACUUAAGAUUCUAGCCGAGGGCGAUGACCGCGAGGUUGAAACUAAACUACUAGUGCAUCUCCAAUUUGAUAAGUUCAGCCUCAUUAAGUAUCUUUUGCGGAAUAGAUUGAAGAUUGUGUGGUGUACCCGUCUCGCCAGGGCUGAAGACCAGGAUAAGAGGAAGAAAAUCGAAGAAGAAAUGUUGGGCUCAGGCCCAGAAUUGGCUGCAAUUUUGGAGCAGUUGCAUGCCACCAGGGCAACUGCUAAAGAGAGGCAAAAGAACUUGGAGAAAAGCAUUAGAGAGGAAGCUCGUAGAUUGAAGGAUGAGAGUGGUGGUGUUGAUGGGGACCGAGAACGAAGGGGUAUUGCAGAUAAGGAUGCAGACAGUGGUUGGUUGAAGGGCCAGCGUCAGUUGCUUGAUCUUGAAAACAUCGCAUUUCACCAAGGUGGUCUUUUGAUGGCGAACAAAAAGUGUGAGCUUCCACUGGGUUCGUAUAGGAACCAUAGAAAGGGAUAUGAAGAAGUUCAUGUGCCAGCUUUAAAGCCAAAACCAAUUGCUCCUGGUGAAGAGCUUAUAAAGAUAUCUGACAUGCCAGAGUGGGCGCAACCAGCUUUCAAAGGGAUGGCCCAGCUGAACAGGGUUCAAAGUAGAGUUUAUGAAACUGCCCUUUUUUCAGCUGAGAAUAUUCUUCUUUGUGCUCCCACUGGGGCAGGGAAGACAAAUGUUGCAAUGCUAACCAUACUCCAGCAGAUUGCAUUGCAUAGAAAUGAUGAUGGGACUUUUGACCAUAGCAAGUACAAGAUAGUCUAUGUGGCACCGAUGAAAGCACUUGUUGCUGAAGUGGUUGGCAAUCUGUCUAACCGUCUGCAGCAAUAUGAUGUCAAGGUGAAGGAGCUAAGUGGAGACCAGACCCUUACUCGUCAACAAAUUGAAGAAACCCAGAUUAUUGUCACUACUCCAGAGAAGUGGGACAUCAUAACCAGAAAAUCAGGAGAUCGUACGUAUACACAGCUUGUUAAACUUGUUAUCGUUGAUGAGAUUCAUCUUCUGCAUGAUAACAGGGGACCUGUUCUGGAAAGUAUUGUUGCAAGAACUGUUAGGCAGGUUGAAACCACGAAAGAGCAUAUUCGUUUGGUUGGCUUGUCUGCCACGCUACCUAACUAUGAGGACGUGGCAUUGUUUCUGCGUGUUGAUUUGAAUAAAGGACUCUUCCAUUUUGACAAUAGCUACAGACCUUGUCCUCUUGCUCAACAGUAUAUCGGGAUCACAGUUAAGAAGCCUUUGCAGAGAUUCCAGUUGAUGAAUGAUGUUUGUUAUGAAAAGGUCAUUGAUAUUGCAGGAAAGCAUCAGGUUCUGAUUUUUGUACACUCUAGGAAAGAAACUGCAAAAACAGCCUGUGCAAUCCGAGAUGCUGCACUUGCUAAUGACACUCUUGGAAGAUUCUUGAAAGAGGAUAGUGUUAGCCGUGAAAUACUUCAUAGCCAGACAGAGCUGGUAAAGAGCAAUGAUCUUAAAAACCUACUGCCGUAUGGCUUUGCAAUUCAUCAUGCAGGAAUGGCUAGGGCUGAUCGCCAACUUGUUGAGGAUCUCUUUGGUGAGGGGCAUGUGCAAGUGCUGGUUUCCACAGCAACUCUAGCUUGGGGUGUCAAUUUGCCUGCUCACACUGUGAUCAUCAAAGGUACCCAGAUUUACAAUCCUGAAAAGGGUGCGUGGACUGAGUUGAGCCCUCUGGAUGUUAUGCAGAUGUUGGGGCGUGCAGGGCGGCCUCAAUAUGAUUCUUACGGAGAAGGAAUAAUUAUAACUGGCCACAGUGAACUCCAAUAUUAUCUAUCUUUAAUGAACCAACAACUUCCUAUUGAAAGUCAGUUUGUGUCAAAAUUGGCUGAUCAGUUAAAUGCAGAAAUUGUUCUUGGAACUGUUCAAAAUGCCAGAGAAGCUUGCAAUUGGCUCAGUUAUACUUACUUGUAUGUUCGCAUGCUACGAAAUCCUACUCUUUAUGGUUUGGCACCUGAUGCUUUGACAAGAGACAUAUUAUUGGAGGAGCGAAGAGCUGAUCUUAUUCAUUCCGCAGCAACAGUAUUGGACAAAAAUAACCUUGUCAAGUACGAUAGGAAAAGUGGAUAUUUCCAGGUCACUGACUUGGGUCGCAUUGCUAGCUACUAUUAUAUUACUCAUGGAACAAUAUCCACAUAUAAUGAGCAUUUGAAGCCAACAAUGGGUGAUAUUGAGCUUUGUCGGUUGUUCUCACUCAGUGAAGAGUUCAAGUAUGUAACAGUGAGACAAGAUGAGAAGAUGGAACUAGCGAAGCUGUUAGAUCGUGUUCCGAUUCCAAUCAAGGAAAGCCUGGAAGAGCCUAGUGCGAAGAUUAAUGUAUUGCUUCAAGCCUAUAUUUCACAGUUAAAGCUUGAAGGGCUAUCUUUGACAUCUGAUAUGGUCUACAUAACGCAGAGUGCUGGACGACUCAUGAGAGCGCUUUUCGAGAUUAUUUUGAAAAGAGGAUGGGCGCAAUUAGCUGAGAAGGCUAUGAACUUGUGCAAAAUGGUUAGCAAGAGGAUGUGGAGUGUUCAAACGCCGCUUCGGCAAUUCCAUGGGAUUCCAAAUGAAAUUUUGAUGAAGCUGGAGAAGAAAGAUAUCGCCUGGGAAAGGUAUUACGAUCUCUCCUCUCAGGAGCUAGGAGAACUUAUUCGUUUCCAAAAGAUGGGAAGAACACUUCAUAAAUUUAUUCACCAGUUCCCAAAACUGAACUUGGCCGCUCAUGUCCAACCAAUUACUCGCACUGUGUUGAGGGUUGAGCUGACAAUCACUCCGGACUUUCAGUGGGAGGACAAGGUUCAUGGGUUUGUGGAACCAUUUUGGGUUAUUGUUGAGGAUAAUGAUGGGGAAUAUAUCCUCCAUCACGAAUAUUUCUUGUUGAAAAAGCAGUAUAUUGACGAGGAUCACACGUUGAAUUUCACAGUGCCAAUCUAUGAACCACUGCCACCUCAAUACUUCAUUCGUGUUGUGUCAGAUAGAUGGCUUGGAUCGCAGUCUGUUUUACCCGUUUCUUUCAGGCACCUUAUUUUGCCGGAAAAGUAUCCUCCACCGACCGAGUUGUUGGACCUGCAACCAUUGCCUGUGACUGCUUUGAGAAAUCCAUCAUAUGAAGCUCUUUAUCAUGAAUUUAAGCAUUUCAAUCCUGUCCAAACUCAGGUUUUCACGGUAUUGUACAACACGGAUGACAAUGUUUUAGUUGCAGCACCAACUGGGAGUGGGAAAACAAUAUGUGCAGAGUUUGCUAUAUUGAGGAAUCACCAGAAGGGGCCUGAGAGCAUGAUGCGUGCUGUUUACGUAGCUCCUAUUGAAGCUCUUGCUAAGGAGCGGUAUAACGAAUGGAAGAGGAAGUUUGGGGAGGGUCUAGGGAUGAAAGUGGUCGAAUUAACAGGGGAAACAGCAACAGAUCUAAAGCUGCUCGAGAGAGGUCAACUAAUAGUGAGUACUCCUGAGAAGUGGGAUGCGUUAUCUCGUCGCUGGAAACAGCGGAAGCAUAUUCAGCAGGUUACACUAUUCAUCAUUGAUGAACUCCAUUUGAUUGGUGGUCAAGGGGGCCCUAUUGUGGAGGUUAUUGUGUCUAGGAUGAGGUAUAUAGCAAGCCAGGGCGAGAACAAGAUCCGCAUUGUGGCCCUUUCUACUUCGCUUGCAAAUGCCAAGGAUCUGGGUGAAUGGAUUGGGGCUACCUCUCAUGGCCUUUUCAAUUUUCCUCCCGGUGUCCGUCCUGUACCCUUGGAAAUACACAUUCAAGGCAUUGAUAUAGCUAAUUUUGAAGCAAGGAUGCAAGCAAUGACAAAGCCAACUUAUACGGCAAUUGUCCAACAUGCCAAGAUUGGGAAACCUGCCAUUGUGUUUGUUCCUACGAGGAAGCAUGCACGAUAUACUGCUGAAGACCUUAUGACGUACUCAAGUGUUGACAGUGGGGAAAAGCCAAUGUUCUUACUACAGUCUGCAGAAAAGCUGGAACCGUUCCUUUCUAGGAUUAAGGAACCGAUGUUGAGUGAGACACUACGAUAUGGUGUUGGCUAUCUGCACGAGGGCUUAAGUAGUACAGAUCAAGACAUUGUGAAGACGCUCUUUGAAACUGGAGGGAUACAAGUUUGUGUAAUGAGCAGUUCAAUGUGCUGGGGAGUGCCAUUGUCAGCGCACUUGGUGGUAGUUAUGGGAACACAGUAUUAUGAUGGGCGGGAAAAUGCUCAUACUGAUUACCCAGUCACUGAUCUGUUACAGAUGAUGGGCCAUGCCAGUCGACCUCUUGUGGAUAACUCUGGCAAGUGUGUCAUCCUUUGUCAUGCACCGCGUAAAGAAUACUACAAGAAGUUCUUGUAUGAAGCAUUCCCAGUCGAAAGCCAUUUACACCAUUUCCUGCACGAUAAUUUGAACGCAGAGAUUGUUGUUGGAGUCAUUGAGAACAAGCAAGAUGCUGUGGACUAUCUGACUUGGACGUUUAUGUAUAGGAGGCUUACUCAGAAUCCAAACUACUAUAAUCUUCAGGGAGUUAGCCACAGGCAUCUCUCUGAUCACCUUUCAGAGCUUGUCGAGAACACACUCAACGAUCUCGAAGCAAGCAAAUGUGUUGCUAUUGAGGAUGAUGUGGAGCUCUCUCCUUUGAACCUUGGCAUGAUAGCAUCAUACUACUAUAUCAGUUACACCACAAUAGAACGUUUUAGUUCAUCUUUGACCACCAAAACAAAGAUGAAGGGUCUUCUAGAGAUUUUGGCUUCUGCUUCAGAGUAUGCGUUACUGCCAAUACGUCCUGGAGAGGAAGAGUUGAUUCGAAAGCUGAUUAAUCACCAAAGGUAUGCCUUUGAUAAUCCCAAAUGCACGGACCCCCAUGUGAAGGCUAAUGCUCUGCUACAAGCCCAUUUCUCAAGGCAUGUGGUUGGUGGGAAUCUAGCUUCUGAUCAGCGAGAGGUGCUCCUUUCUGCCAGUAGACUGCUCCAAGCUAUUGUUGAUGUCAUUUCCAGCAACGGGUGGCUUAGUCUAGCACUUCUCGCUAUGGAAGUAAGCCAGAUGGUGACACAGGGCAUGUGGGAGAGGGAUUCUAUGCUUUUGCAACUUCCACAUUUCACGAAAGAAUUGGCUAAGAAAUGUCAAGAGAACCCUGGGAAGAGUAUUGAGACCGUGUUUGAUUUGGCAGAGAUGGAGGAUGAUGAAAGGCGAGAACUGUUGCAAAUGCCAGAUUCACAGUUGAUGGAUAUUGCACGAUCUUGUAACCGUUUCCCAAAUAUUGAUCUGACAUAUGACGUCGUCGAUGGUGACAAUGUGAGGGCAGGGGAGGAUGUCAGUUUACAGGUUACUCUUGAAAGGGAUCUCGAGGGCAAGACAGAGGUGGGGCCUGUUGAUUCACCUAGGUAUCCCAAAACCAAAGAAGAAGGAUGGUGGCUUGUGGUUGGUGAUACCAAAAGUAACCAGUUGCUUGCCAUCAAAAGAGUUUCGUUGCAGAGGAAAGCCAAAGUCAAGCUUGAUUUCGCUGCUCCUGGAGAAGCUGGAAAGAAGACGUAUACCCUCUACUUUAUGUGCGAUUCUUACAUGGGUUGUGACCAGGAAUAUAGCUUUGCUGUUGAUGUCAAAGAAGCCACUCUCGAAGAUGACAGUUGAAGAGAAUUAGCGCGUGCUUUGUACACUGAACUUCUUCUGGGCUACUGCACUUUUGGCAUGGUCAUUGGAUUUAGUACUUUUACUUUUGUCUGUUUUGGAUUUAGCAUGUUAAUUAUUACUGUUAUUGCUAGACUUAUGUUGACAUGUUAUGUAUCGUUUUAAGUCGACUCUUACUUAAAAUGGUGGAGAGAUCUUUUUAGCUAA